GGGGGAUGGAGGAAAGGAACUUAUUUUCUCUCUAGGCCCAGCUGUCCCAAUGUCCAUCUGUAACUUGGACUGUUUCUCCAGCCUCCUGCGUGUCCUCCUCCGGGCACAGUGUCUCAUGCCUGUAAUUUCAGCACUUUGGGAGGUCGAGAUAAGUGGAUCACCUGAGUUCAGGAGUUCCAAACCAGACUGGUCAACAUGGCAAAAUGCCAUCUCUAUUAAAAAAUAUAAAGAUUAGCUGAGCAUCAUGGCAGGCACCUAUAAUCUCAGCUACUCUAGAAUCUCAGGCAGGAGAAUCAUUUGAACACAGAGGCAGAGGUUACAGUGAGUCGAGAUUGCACCACUGCACUCCAGCCUGGUAACAGAGCAAGACUUUAUCUCAAAAAAUAACAAAAUACCUUCUCCAGGCAGCUGCCUUCUGAUGAUGCCUCCCUCCCCGGGUGAAGCACGGGAGACCCCAGACUCCUGCCUGACCCUAAAGUGCCGAGUGACCCUGCCCACGCACUCCUCUGGCCACACUGAGUGUCCUCUGGGUCGUGCUGCUCCCUGUGCCUGGAUUUUUGCUGCCCCCUGUCUCAAAGCCUCCCCUCCAUCUUCCUGGCUCCAUCCCCUCAUCCUGUGCCUGCCCAGAACCCACCUCCUGGUCAUUUAAGGUGUAGCUCAGGCUGUAAUCCUGGCAUGUUAGGAGGCCAGGCCCAGAGGAUCACAAGAGCUUGAGGCCAACCUGGGCAACAUAGACCCCCCCCAACUCCACCAAAAAUGUGAAAGAAAAAAAGAUGUAGCUCAGGCAUUACACCACCUCAAGGUAGCCUUCCUGAUAGCAUUAUACCCAGGUGGGCUCAGGGGCAGCCUCUGUUCUCUGGGCAUCAGAAGCUGCCUCCCCAGAACAGUGGUCCCGGGUCAGCUCCUGCAGGAGUGCAGGCACAGGAUGAUGGUGGAUGGAUCAGGACUGAGGGUCAGAGAUUCAGAGAGGCAGGCAGCUUUGGGAUACAGUUUGUGGGAUCAGUGGGAUUUGCUGCAGGGUGACUGUCACGGUGCAGGGGAGAAUUCCGGACCAGCCGUGUCUUCAUCACUCUCUUCCCUCCAACCCCAGGAGAGCAAAUGAGGCAGAAGGACUUGCAGGCCCGGCUCACCAGCUCCAUCCUUGAGAGCUCGAGGACCAUCAAGUUCCAUGGCUGGGAAGGAGCCUUUCUGGACAGUCCCGGGCAUCCGAGGCCAGGAGCUGGGCGCCUUGCAGGCCUCUGGCCUCCUCCUUCUCCAUGUCUCUGGUGUCCUUCCAAGUGUCUACAUUUCUGGUGAUGUCACUCUAGUCUCUAUUCCAAGCAGGACUGGGGAAGCAGUAUGCAGGUCAGGAGGUGAGGUAGGUGGAGCCUCCCAGAUUUUACCAUCCUGUCCAUCAAAACCCACACAUUCUGCAUCCUGUUCUCUCAGGGUUCCUGCUGUCUUCUGCGUGAACAAAUUAAUCACAUCAUUCUGGUAAAGGUGACAGUGGCCGGUGAGGUCUGCUGUUCUGAGAGUUCCAGGUUUCCACUGAUGUGGGGUGGAGAGUUCAGGUGCAGACAGGAUGCAGAGGUAGAAUCCAGGGUCUAAGUGGCUUUCCUGCUGCUGGCCAGCAAAUGUCCACAGCCACCCUCUCACUGACGUGAUCCUUGCCCUGCCAUUCUGUCAUUUAUUCCCAAUGGCUGUCAGAACACUCUUCCUAAAGCACAGUUUUCAGAAGAAUUUAAACAUGUUGAUGCAUAGGCCAGGCACAGUGACUCACUCCUGCCAUCCCAGCUCUUUGGGAGGCUGAGGUGGCUUGAACCCAGUUGGUGGAGAUUGCAGUGAGCCAAAAUUGUGCCACUUCACUCCAGCCUGGGCGAUGGAGCAAGACUUUAUCUCAAAAACAAAACAAAAUUAAACAAAAGGACCACAAAUGGGACCAACACCUAGGGCCCUCCCACGCUGCUCUCCCCAGGAGUCCCCAGGCUCAGCCCUCAUGUCUAUCACCUUCACAGAGAGGCCUUUCCUGACCACCUUCACCACAACCACAGCACCCCUGCUCAUGCUAACCUGCACCUGAUGUCUCUUUACUUUUUUAUUUUUGAAGACAGAGUCUUGCUCUGUUCCCCAGGCUGGAGUACAGUGAUGCAAUGUCGGUUCACUGCAACCUCCACAUCCCAAAUUCAAGCAAUCCUCCCACCUCACCCUCCUGAGUAGCUAGGAUUACAGGCAGGUGCUACCACACCUGGGUCUUUUUUUUUUUUUUUUGUACAUUUAGUAGAGAUGGCAUUUCACCAUGUUGGCCAGUCUGGUCUUGAACUAACCUUAAGGGAUCCAUCCACCUCAGCCUCCCAAAGUACUGGGAUUACAGGUAGGAGCCACCGCACCUGGUUGUACCCGCUUUAGUUUUUAUUCUUCAUAGCGCUCUCCACUUGAUGUGCUGUCUGUGUUAAUGGUUUGUUCAUGGAUCGCCUGUCUCUUUCCUCCUCAUUAGAAUGAUGGAUCCAUUAAGAGAGUAGCAACAUUGUUUUGCUCAUUGCUGUUUCCCCAGAGCCUGGAACCCUGCUGGGUAUAUAAUAACCAGGCAGUAGUUAUUCAUAGAAUGAAUGAAUGGAAGAAUGAAUAAAUGCCCGGGUACUGUGGUUCAUGCCUGUAAUCCCAGCACUUUGGGAGGCCGAGGUGGGUGGAUUGCUUGAGGUCAGGAGUUUGAGACCUGCCUGGACAACAUGGCGAAACCCCAUCUCUACUAAAAAUAAAAAAGUUAGCUAGGAAUGGUGAUGCACCCCUGUAAUCCCAGCUACUCGGGAGGCUGAGGCAGGAGAAUUGCCUGCACCCAGGAGGUGAAGGUUGCAGUGAGUCGAAAUCAUAUCACUGCACUGUAGCCUGGCAGAAAGAGAGAGACUGUCUAAGAAAUAAAUAAAAAUAAUUUAAAAAAACAGAAUGAAAGACCAGAAGGCCUAGAUAGAAGAAAUAAGUUACAGUAAUCAAUAGUGCACAAGGGAAAUUACAGUGAAUGAGAAUUUAUUUGAAUAUUUCAAGAUAGCUAGAAGAGAAGGAUUUUCAUGUUCCCAAAACAGAAGAUAAACAUUUGAGGUGAUGACUGUCUCUCUCAGUCACCCCGAUUUGAUCAUUACAUAUUGUCUACAGCUGGGGUCCCCAACCCUCCUGGCCACGGAUCAGUACCAGUCUGCAGCCUGUUUUUGUUUUUAUUAUUUAAGACAGAGUCUCACUCUGUGCAGCAGUGUGAUCUCAGGUAAAUGUAACCUCCACCUCCGAGGUUCAAGCAAUUCUCCUGCCUCAGCCUCCUGAGUAGCUGGGAAUACAGGCAUGUACUACCACACCUGGCUAAUUUUUGUAUUUUUAGUAGAGACAGGGUUUCACCGUGUUGGCCACGCUGGUCCCAAAUGCCUUACUUCAGGUGAUUCACCCUCCUCAUUCUCCCAAAGUGCUGGGAUUACAAGUGUGAGCCAUUGCACCCGGGCUUUUUUUUUUUGGCAGGGAGUUUUGCUCCUGUUGCCCAGGCUGGAAUCCAAUGGCAUGAUCUUGGCUCUCUGUAACCUCUGUCUCCCAGAUUCAAGCUACUUUCCUGCCUCAGACUCCCAAGUAGCUGGAAUUACAGGUAUGAGCCACCAUGCCAGGCUAAUUUUUGUAUUUCUAGUAGAGACAGGGUGUCUCUAUGUUGGUCAGGUUGGUCUUGAACUCCCGACCUCAGGUGAUCCACCUGCCUCAGUCUCCCAAAGUGUUGGGAUUACAGGCGUGAGCUACCAUGCCUGGAUCCCUUGGUAGGAGCCAGGCAGGCAGCACAGCAGGUGAGCAGCAGGUGGGCGAGGGAGGUUUUAUCUGUGUUCACAGCCACUCCUUAUUGCUGGUAUCACCACCUGAGCUCCACUUCCUGUCAGAUAGGUGGCAUUGUUAGAGUCUCAUAGGAGCGCAAACCCUACUGUAAAUAGUACAUUCGAGAGAGCUGGACAGUGAGCUUCUUAUGAGAGUCCAAUGCCUGUUGAUCUGUCACUGUCUCCCAUCACCCCCAGAAGAGACCAUCUAGUUUCAGGAAAACAAGCUCAGGGCUCCCACUGAUUCUACAUUACGGUGAGUUGCAUAAGUAUUUCAUUAUAUAUUACAAUGUAAUAAUAAUAGAAGUAGGCCAGGCACAGUGGCUCAUGUCAGUUAUUCUAGGACUUUGGGAGUCUGAGGCAGGUGGAUCAUCUGAGGUCGGGAGUUCAAGACCAGCCUGGCCAACAUGGUGAAACACUGUCUCUGCUAAAGGUACAAAAGCUGGCAUAGUGGCAGGAACCUGUAAUCCCAGCUACUUGGGAGGCUGAGGCAGGAGAAUUGCUUGAAUUCAGGGGCAGAGGUUGCAGUGAGCCACAAUCAUAGCAUUUUGGGAGGCUGAAUGGGUGGAUCACCUGAAGUCAGCAGUUCAGGACCAGCCUGGCCCGCUGGUGAAACCCCAUGUGUAAUAAAAAUACAAAAAUUAGCUGGGUGUGGUGGUAGGAGUCUAUAAGCUGAGUUACUCGGGAGGCUGAGGCAAAAGAAUUGCUUGAACCCAGGAGGUGCAGGUUGCAGUGAGCUGAGAUCACGUCCCUGAACUCCAGUCUGGGCAAUAGAGCAAGGUUCUGUCUUUAAAAAAAAAAAAAAAAAAGCCAAGCCAGUUACAAUGGCUUAUACCUAUAAUCCCAGAACUUUGGGAGGCCAAGGUGGAAAGAUCACUUGAGGCUAGGAGUUCCAGGUAAACUGGGCAACAUAGCAGGACCCCAUCUCUACAAAACAUUUUUUAAAAAUUAGGCACAGUGGCAUGUGCCUGUAGUCUCAGCUACUCAGGAGGUUGAGGCAAGAGAAUUGCUGGAGCCCAAAAGGUGGAGGCUGCAGUGAGCCAUGCUUGUGCCACUGCACUCCAGCCUGGGUGUCACAGUGAGACCCUGUCUCUCAAAAAAAAGAAUUCAGAGUAGAGAAAGGUGUGAAUUGUAAGUUCAAGCAUGCCACGUCCCAAAUUUCCUUCAGAAGUCUUGAUGCAUGCCCCAAGAACUCUGCAUUCGUUUCCCAGCGCUGCCUUAACAAAGUACCCUGAACUAUGGGCUUCAACCACAGAGAUUUAUUCUCACAGUUCUGGAGGCCAGGAGUCUGAAAUCAAGGGAUUUUUGAUUGUUUGUUUGUUUUUCCUGUGAAGGCUGUGAGGGAGGGUCUGUCCCAGGUCUCCCUCAUGGAUUGUCAGAGCCUCCAGAGUUCCUUGGCUUGUAGGUGGUCUUCUGUCUCUGUCUUGACAUUGUCUUCCCUUUGUUAGGUGUCUUUGUCCACACAUCCCCUUUUUAUAAGGACACCAGGCACACGGGAUUAGGAUUCACCCUCAUGACCUCAGCUUAGCUCGAUCACAUGGGAAGAGACUAUUUCCAAAUAAGGUCACAUUCACAGACCCUGCGGCGUAGGGCUUCAGCGUCUUUCAGGGAGACACAGGACAAUGCAUAACGCUACAGAUUUACAAAUAUUUUUAGUUUGAAUUUCUGGGUUUUAUUUAUUUAUUUUUUGCAUCAGAUGGGUGAUGUGAUGAUACCAUCACAAGUUUUGAGGAAGGCACAUAUCAUAAAACAGCCUGAAAACCCAAUCAUCAUGCUUAGGUUUUGGUUUUUUAAUUUUCAUUUUUCUUGAGUCAAGAUCUUGCUGCAUUACUCAAGCUGGAGGGCAGUGGUGCAGUCAUGGCUCACUGCAGCCUCAACCUCCUGGGCUCCAGCAAUCUUCCCACCUCAGCCUCCCAAAGUGCUAGGAUUAUAGGAAUAGAGCCACCACCCCCAGCUGUUCCCUAUUUUUUGUUUGUUCGUUGUUCAUUUUACUCAAAAACACACCUUUGCUGCUGGGCAUGCUGGCUCAUGCCUGUUAUCCUCAGCACUUUGGGAGGCUGAGGCAGGUGGAUCGCUUGAGGUCAGGAGUUCAAGAUCAGCCUGGCCAACAUGGUGUAACGCCUUUUCUACUGAAAAUACAAAAAUGAGCUGAAGGUGGUUGUGUGUACCUGUAAUAUCAGUGACUCGGGAAGCUUAGGCAGGAGAACCACUGGAACCCUGGAGGCAGAAGUUGCAGUGAGCCAAAUUCAUACUACUGCACUCCAGACUGGGUGGCAGAGCGAGACUCUAACUCAAAAAAAAAAAAAGAAAUAUACAUACAUAUAUGCCCUGGCGCACGAACACACACACACACACACACACCUUGGCGAUCUUUUUAUAUAUCAGCAUUCAGUGGUACAAUUUAAAUUCUAUGGUAGAUUUCAUUUAGAGUAAUACAAUCUAAAUACUAUUCUGUUAAGUUCUAAGUUCUACAACUAAAAAUAAUAGGCCAUGCAUUUAAAUGAGUCAAAGUUCAAAAACUAUUGGUUAUUUGGCUGCCACAUUUCAGGUUCUCCACAGCUGCAGAUGGCCCGGAAAUAUGUUCCUCAUUGCAAAAAGUUUUAUUGGUUGGUGUUGGUGCAGCCUCAAAGCCGCUCUCCCACCCCUCCUCAAAGCCAACCGCUGUUAGGGUUUUUUUGGUGAUUCCUUUCUGAGAUAAUCUAUGCACACAAUCAGCAUGUGGAGUUAAUACAGCCACCUAAAAAAAUCAGCGUCACCCAUGUAGUGUGAAUGACCAUGUAAUAGUCCAUGGAAUGGAAUGUAUUCAGCCAGUUUCAUGAUGAAGUACUCUUGAGUUUUUCCCAGGUUUCCUGUUACAAUUAUUCCGUGGUGAACACCAUUCUCUCUGCAGAGUAAAUCCAUAACCGUGGAAUUCCCUGGCCACAAGGUGUAUAUGUUUUUCUCAUUUCUUUUCUCUUCCUUUCUUUUCUCUUUUCUUUUCUUUCUCUCCCUCCCUCCCUCUAUUCCUCUCUUGGUUCCUGCCUCUAACCCUAGCUUUAUUCUCAGCAGCCACCACCUUUUUGGUACUAGAACAGUGUUUUUAUAGUGCGCUCAUCAGUGGAUGCUGAAAUCACAACCUGGCCAUUUGGCUGUUCAACUAAUGCUCUAUGCCGCAGAGUCCCUGCAACUCACCAACCCAUGCCAGAACUCACUGGAGCUCAGGUGUGCAGCACUACCUUGUUUCUCUAUGGCUGGGGGUGCAAAUAUUCUUGAUGUGUUUAUUUCCCAUUUUUUACUUUGGAGGUUUUGUUUUGAGAGACAAGCUCUCACUCUGUCAUGCAGCCAGGAGUGUAGUCAUGCCUCACUGCAGCCUUGCCCUCCCGGGUUCAAGCCAUCUCACCUCAGCCUCCCAAAGUGCUAGGAAUAAAAGUGUGGCCUACUUUUGAGCUUUGCCUUCUUUAUGUAUUCUAGAGAUGAGUCCUUGGUCUGAUAGGUGGUUUGUAAACGUUUUUCCCAAUCUGUAGCUUAUCUUUCCAUCCUCCUAACUGCGUCUUUCAGAAAGCAAAAAUGUGGUCUCCCUUGCAGAUACUCUGCCCCUGUAGCAGGAAAGCAGACACAGACAGUAUGUAAAUAAACAUGUGGAUGUGUCCCUUGAGUAAGUGUCCAUUUGUGGUAAUGAGAUCUCUAGACAGAUCAGUGCUGAGAGGCUAUUUCAUUAAGUAAUAGUUGAGCUGGAUAGAAACUCUAGCCUCAUGCCUACUUUCUCUUACUUCACUGUCUUCUGUUGCUGCUGGUGGGAAAGUAAUUGUCAACAUGUUCUUCCUUCUUUCCACCCUCCUCAGUAGCUUUUAGGACCUUUUGUCUUUUCUGCAAUUGUGUUUGGAUGGGUCUAGGUAUGGAUGGAUUUACUGUAUUGGGGAUUGUGCCUCCUGACUCUAAAGGGUCCUGGGUCCUGUCUGUUUUCAUUCUGGAAUUUUUUUUUUUUUUUUUUGAGGCAGACUCUCACUCUGUCACCAGGCUGGAGUGCAGUGGCAAGAUCUUGGCUCAUUGCCACCUCCACCUUCUGGGUUCAAGCAUUUCUCUGGCCUCAGCCUCCUGAGGAGCUGGGAUUAAAGGCACACACCGACUGGCUGCUCUGAAAAGCCAUCUUUGCAUUGUUCCUCGUCCCACUCCUUGUUCGCCGCAGCCGCGCGUCUCCUUCGCCGUUGCAGACUCUGGCAGCUUUAUCGCCAGAGUCCUUGAAAUCUCGCUUUUUUAAUCCCCCGCAUCGGAUCACCGGCGGGCCCCACCAUGUCAGACGCAGCGGUAGACACCAGCUCCGAAAUCGCCACCAAGGACUUGAAGGAGAAGAAGGAAGUUGUGGAAGAGGCGGAAAAUGGAAGAGACGCCCCUGCUAAUGGGAAUGCGAAUGAGGAAAAUGGGGAGCAGGAGGCUGACAACAAGGUAGAUGAAGAAGAGGAAGAAGGUGGGGAGGAAGAGGAGGAGGAAGAAGGUGAUGGUGAGGAGGAGGAUGGAGAUGAAGAUGAGGAAGCUGAGUCUGCUAUGGGCAAGCAGGCAGCUGAAGAUAAUGAGGAUGAUGAUGUCGAUGAGGAUUAGACAGCAAAAAAGGAAAAGUUAAACUAAAAAACAAACAAACAAAAAAAGGCCGCCAUGACCUAUUCACCCUCCACUUCCCUUCUCAGAAUCUAAACGAGGUCACCUUCAAGUAGAGAGGCCAGCCCGCCCGCCCAACGCGGGCAGUGCCACCCGCAGACGAACGAUGCGCUCUCCACUACCCAACCCAAACCAUGAAAUUUUGCAACAGGGGAGGAAAAAAGAACCAAAACUUCCAAGGUCCUGCUUUUUUUCUUAAAAGUACUUUAAAAAGGAAAUUUGUUUGUAUUUUUUAUUUACAUUUUAUAUUUUUGUACAUAUUGUUAGGGUCAGCCAUUUUUAAUGAUCUCGGAUGACCAAACUAGCCUUCCGAGCGUUCUCUGUCCUACUUCCGACUUUACUUGUGGUGUGACCAUGUUCAUUAUAAUCUCAAAGGAGAAAAAAAACCUUGUAAAAAAAAAAGCAAAAACGACAACAGAAAAACAAUCGUAUUCCGAGCAUUCCAGUACCUUGGUUGUGUAUGUACUUAGCUGGACUAUACGUAGUUGGUUUGUAUGAGAUGGUUAAAAGGCCAAAGAUGAAAAGGUUUUCUUUUUUUCCUUUUUUGUCUAUGAAGUUGCUGGUUUUUUUUUUUUUUUUUUGGCCUGUUUGAUGUAUGUGUGAAACAAUGUUGUCCAACAAUAAACAGGAAUUUUAUUUUGCUGAGUUGUACUAACCAAAAAAAAAAAAAAAAGGCACACACCACCACUCCUGGCUGAUUUUUGUAUUUUUAGUAGAGAUGGGUGUUCACCAUGUUGGUCAGAUUGGUCUCAAACUCCUGACCUUAGGUGAUCCACUCAUCUGGGCCUCCCAAGUGCUGGGAUUACAGGGAUGAGCCACCACACCUGGCCUGGAAUUUCUUUGAGACAUGUUGGAUCAUCUCAUUUCAUCCUCCCUUUGUCGUAUUUUCCAAUUGAUGAAGUUUUAAAUGUCUGUGAAUGGCAGCCACUAAUUCUGGCAUCUGUAGCUCUUGGCGGUCCACUCCUCUUGUUGAUACUGACCUCUAUACCCUUUUAGUGGGGCUUCACUGGCUGAAGAAUCUCAAGGUAGCUAGUGUUAGAACUGAAUUAGAGGUCCGCCCUGGUAGUGGGGACAAACCCCCACACGUUUGCUCACAGAAGUCAUCUUCUGUAUUGAUAAUGAUUUUUGCAGUAUGAGAGCAGAGGGAAAAUGGGGGCUGAGCAUUUUUCUAAACGAUAGUGGACAUUCAAAUCCCUAGUGAGGCUGGGCGCGGUGGCUCACGCCUGUCAUCCAGCACUUUGGGAGGCGGAAGCAGGUGGAUCACCAGAGGUCAGGAAUUCAUGACCAGCCCUGCCAACAUAGAAAAACACCAUCUCUACAAAAAUACCUGCCUGUAUUUUUGGGAGGCUGAGGCAGGAGCAUUGCUUGAUCCUGGGAGGUAGAAGUUGCAGUGAGGUGAGAUUGUGCCACUACACUCCAGCCUGGGUAGAUCAUAAAUAAGAGAGAUAACUGACUCACAGUUCUGCAGGCUGUAUAAGCACAGCUCCAGCAUCUGCUUGGCUUCUGGCAAGGCCUCGGGAAGCUUACGAUCAUGGCAGAAAUGGGAGUGGGUGCAAAGAGAGAGAGGAGGGGCCAGGCUCUUUAUAAACAAACUGCUCUCAGGUGAACUAAUAGAGCAAGAACUCACGCUUCACCAAACGCAGGAUGCUAAGCCAUCCAUGAGGGAUGUAUACCCUCUAAUAAACGUGAGAUUUGGAGGGGACACACAUCCAAGCUGUAUCAGGCCUUAAAUGAUUUGUUUUGACUCUUAGCUCCUUGAAUGACAAUUAUUUGUUCUCCCUGACAAGAGAGAGAGAAACGGGUUUUCCCUCCAGCUGGAAGGCAAAUGCCAGCCAGGGGGCAGAGUGCCAGCCGGCUGGGGCAGCUUACAGCACUGUGGAGGAGGGCCAGGGACAUGAAGCUACAGGCACAGAGGUGGAGGUAAAUGGCUGCCAGAGUGCAGGCAGGCUGGAGCUCCCGGGUGCCCCAGGGGUUCUGCGCACACAGGCUAAGGAAUGGUGCAGGCUCCACCUGAAAUCAGGGCCAUCCAGUCACUGUCUCUAGCCUAGGCCUCUGCUCCAUGCCACUCCCCAGGGUAGACUGGGGAAAGGGCUUGCUGUGCCCCAGGGCCCAGGCUCACACUCACCACCUGGAAGGCAUUCCCCAAGCUGGACGGGGGUCCUGGAAGUAGGCCCGGCAGGUGGGGCUCUGUCCUGCGCAGGUCAGCUGAGUCUUCUCGGUGGCCCUGCAGACACCAUCCACCUGGUGGGACAGACACAAGAUUCAGGCCUCCCGCUGGACCAUGUGGCUUCCCCACAUACAUCAGCCUCAGCAGGAGACUCCCCCCAGUGCUGGGUCUGCAAAGGCCUCUGCAGAGCCAGCAGGCCACCUGCCUUUCCUGGGACUCUGCAGGGAGCAGCCCUCAAGAGCCUCAGCCAGAGGGAGGAAGGGCAGGUGCACCUGCUCACCUGCCAGGCCAGGCUGAGCUCCUCCAGGCUUUGGGCCAGAGCCAUCCAGUAACAUCAGAUCAGUGCCUGCUUCAUUGUCGUUGGUGUCCAGAAGGCCAGCGGAUAUGCCUGUGGGGAGGAAGGAAGCUGAGGAGGUCCUGAGAGCCCAUGAUCCUCCCUCAGGGGUCCUGUAUGAGAUGAGCCUCAGGCACACGGAGGAUUGGUAGAAUCCCUCUACCCCAGACUCCUAGAGCUCUGGCUCCAAACCCUCAUCAGCAGGAGGAGAGAAAGCACAGGGACUGAGGACAGCGUGUGUCCCCCCCAUCCCGUCUCCACAUCCUCAGCCCGAGUGGCCAGAAUUCAGGCCUACCCUUUGUGUUCCUUGGCAGAGGGACCACAGAAAGGCCAACUCCACCUUGGAGCCACAUAUCCAAGGGAUGGGGGCAGAAAGCCCUGGGCCUCAGUGCCAUCUUCUCAACCACAGUGGCCACCUACAGCUCGGGGACCUGUUGCACUGGAAGCUGAGAAUGGUGCAUCCCGAAGAGGCUCUUGGUGGUGGUGCCAACUCCGCCAGGGCCCAGACUUACCGUGGUGCCAGAGGUGCACAGUCAGGCUGCAGAGACCAGUGGGCACAUCACAGGAGAUGGAGACCCCAUCCUCACUGGCCAGAUCAAUCCUGGGGACAUCUCUCCUUUUCAUGGCAAAAGGCAGCUGGAGGUCUGAACAGCUAUCCCCUGGCAGGGAGGAGCUGUACAGCCUGUAGGCCAGUGGGCAGGAGGGCUGACCCACAGCCAGGGGACAAGCUUGAGAGUGCCAUCCCCCAGGCAACCUGCCGCAGGCACAGGUCUCCAGGGGAAGCUCGGGCCUCUCCUCCUCACCUGCAGGCUGGAGUAGAAGAUGAAGGUCACAUGGUUCAGCUCCACGGUCAGGGCCAUGAGCCCCAAGCCUGUCUGACUCAGCAUCAGUGAGAAUGUGUUGUGAGCGAAGUCUUGGGCCAGGAGGAUGCUGCUGCACUGGACGCUGAGGUUCCACACCUGGCCAUCAAAAGUCACCACGUGCUGGGCCCCAGCCACCAGGGCAUGGUCUGGGGAGAAGCAGCCCCAAAGGCAGGGUGAGUGGAGCCAGCUCCACCCACCGCAGUGGGAGCACAAUACCUGCUGGGCACCCCAAUGCCUAGAGCCCCAGCUUAGCCUGCCCUGAGGCCAGGAGUCCCCCUUCCCUGGUGCAGCAGCCAGAGGCCCAGUUAUCCCCCACCAGCUUCAGGAUGACAUGAGCUAAAGGGCUAUGGCCCAAUUCAGCCCUAACAAGAAAUGGAGUCCCCAGACCUGCUACAAAACUGCUGUGCUGGCUCAGAGGCCACAUUGUCAUCCUUCUGUUUACACCAGAUGUCCAGAGCAGGCACAGCCAUGGACACAGCAGGCAGACUGGCAGCCACAGGGUUUCAUUUUAGGAUGAUAAAAACGUUUUAAAAUCAAUUGUGGUGAGGCAUGCACAACUCUGAAUAAACUAGAAGCCACUGAAUUGUGCACUUAAAAUUUACAUAUUAGUCGGGCACUUUGCCGGGCUGAGCAGGAGGAUCACUUGAACCCAGGAGGUCAAGGGUGCAGGGAGCCAAGAGCGCACCACUGCACUCCAACCAUGACAACAGAGUGAGACCUAGUCUCAAAAAAAAAGAAAAUUCAUACAAGUCAUCCAUUUAAUCUCAAGGAAGCUAUUGGGUGGGGGGGAACCAUUGACCAGUUAAGUGGAUGGCCAACGGCUCCCUCAAACAUGACAGCGGUGUCCUGCAGACCUGCCCUGUUCAGGGUAGGUAAGAGAUGGCCUGUGAAGGAGCAGGUCUGACCAGUCUAGCCAGUGUGGCCCCUGAGCUGUGCCUUGGGUGUACUCGUGCCCAUGGCGGGAAAGCACCAUCCAUCGUGUACAGCCAGGUGCCUGUUGGCCAGGGCCAGCAUCCCAAGGGAGGCACUACCAGCCCCGUGGUCAGCUAUCAGAACUGGGGUACAGAGGCGCCCAUGGUCACAUGCACAGAACUUCAAGACCAGGCUGUUUUUUUUUAAACAAGAUCAGCAUGCUGCUUAGACCUGACUGCACCCACGCUUCUAGGGAGCCGUAGGCCUCCACGUGAGUCACACACAGAUAAACCGCUCCUUGCCAAGCCUGGGUACAGUGGCUCCCCCGCGGACAUGAGGGGCUCCCUCGUGCAUUAAGAACUCUACAUGCCCCUUACUCAUGUGAGUGAGCCACGUGGUUACCUGCAUUUGACAGUAGAGGAAGCAGAGUCCACUGAUGUUAGCAGACUCACCUGAGCCACAGGCAAGCUUCUCAGGAGCCCAGAGCUGAUGACCCCAGCACCGCCCUUGGCUGCACUGCUGGGCCAGGACUUAUAAUCUGGAGAAAAGCAGGAUGUGCAGCCUCAGCCCUAGUCCCAUAGGACCUUGGGAAGUCCAAUAAGCUCUGGGCCUGGCACUGUGAUGCCACAAGCCUCUGCAGGCUUCCCUGUGCCCCCACAGUACCUGCCCCUGCAUGGCCCUGCUGCUGUGCCCACAAGGCAAAGGGCUCCCAGGGAGAAGGGUGGCACAGCCCAGGGCAGGACUCAUACUCCCAGAGAUCCUGCAGCAGGCGGCAUCUGAGCUGGUAGAACUCGGCCAGCAUGUUGGCCCUGGACAGCUGUGGGAGUGGCCACAGCAGCUUCUCCUCCAUCAGGUAGCAAGUCCCCCAGUCCACAUCACCCCUAGGCAGCAGCAGCAGCGUCACCACCAAGUAGUUCCCAGAGGGAACGCACAGGACAAGCCGCUGUGCCUGGCUGAGCCAUGCUUCCUUUUGCUGCAGAGGGGAGCUCAUAGGACUGCAGGAAGAGCUCCGCCUUGGAGGGCAUUGGGGUGCCUCUCGGGGAGGGCUGUUCUUGUUCUAGAAAAUCUCAUGAGGUGGAGGAGCACAGAGGCUGGCAUGACAGCGGAGGUGGGGGAUGAUGACGGGACAGACAAGCUGUCCUAUUUUGAUGACACAGAUGUCUUAUGUCAUGUCUGAUCUGCUCCCUGGGUCUUGGGCAGCAUGGGGCCUGUGUGUGUGGAUGCCAAGGAUAGGAGCUGGAAGGUGUAGGAAAUUUUGUUUUUUUGAGACAGAAUCUCAUUGUUUCCCAAGCUCAGGUAUAGUGGAACGAUCUCAACUCCCUGCUACCUCUGCCUCCUGGGUUUAAGUGAUUCUCCUUUCUCAGACUCCAGAGUAGCUGGAACUACAUGCACUCACUGCCAUGCCUGGCUGAUUUUUGAAUUUUUAGUAGAGUCAGGGUUUCACCAUGUUGGCCAGGCUGGUCUCAAACUCCCGACCUCAAGUGAUCCACCCAAAGUGCUGAGAUUACAGGCAUAAGCCAGUGUGCCUGACCAACAGGUCUAGGAAAUUUCUACAGUUGAGGGGAGGACUGAAACUUUCUCAAUAUGUAGAGUAGGGUCAAGCCUGUGAGAUCUGAAUGAUCAGGGAGAUCUCGGCUCAUGUGGGGGUAGAGUGGGAAGAGAAACAUUGCACACUCUGUUGUUGAUGGGCCAGUGAGGGGGACGGGCAGGUGGACUCACUUACAUUUUAGGGAGCCCAGAGGCCCUGCAGCUGGGGGCAGGAAGCAGGUUCAACACCUUCACUGCCAGUUAAAUCCAUUUUUUGGCACCCCCACGAGAUCCCACUCACCAGGUAGGCGAAUAACCCAGGCAGGUGAUUCUUCAACCAAGCCAAAGCCCCGCCCUGGGAGCUCUUCCCUUCCUAAGCCUACAUUCUGACCGCAAGGCGGCAGGAGCAGGAACUUGAAUUACAUGGAGCCUUUUUCCCAUGAUGUGGGUCUACUCCCUAUUCUACAGCUGGGGAAACUGAGGCACACAGAGCCGAUGCAGAGGAAUCCCAGGAAGAGGCAGAGCCGGAGUCCAGAUGCUCUGCAAGGGCACCAGCAUGAAAGAAGGGGUGGCCCCCUUGCCUGUAGCCCGGUUUCUGGUGGGCCUCAUGGCUGUGAGGGAAAAGGAUAUUUGGCCCCUGCUGUAGACUGGUUUCCCCAUUUCUAUCCACCACCCCCGUGUUCUCAACACAGGGAGCAAAGGGGCCUUUUGAAGUGAAAGGGUGAUCACAUCCUUCCUAGGUCAGAGCAGAAGCCAGAGUCCUCCCCUCAUCCCCUAGCCUUGGAACCUCCCAGUCGCAUCAGCCUCACCACCUUGCUGUUCAAACAGGCCAGGCAAGGUCGCUCAUGCCCGUAAUCCCAGCACCGAGUCUCUGGAGCCCAGGAUUCUGAGACUAGCCUGGCUAAUAUAGUGAAACCCCGUCUCUACUAAACAUACAAAAAUUAGCCGGGUACAGUGGUGAAUGCUUGUAAUCCCAGCUACUUGGCAGGCUGAGGCAGGAGAAUCACUUGAAUUUGAGAGAGGUUGCAGUGAGCUGAGAUGACAUCACAGCACUCCAGCCUGGGUGACAGAGAAUGAGACUCCCAUCUCAAAAACAAACAGGCCAGGCACAUCCCUCUCACAGGCUUCUGUGCAGUGGAGCCCCCACCUGGAGCUCUCUUUCCACACUGGCCCCAUGGCUCUUGCUUGAACUGUACCUUCUCAAAGCUGGCCAUGGCCACACCAUAGGAUCUCCAGCUCACCAUCUCACCAAUGUUCCAUCUCAAGCAUUUGCCACCUAAGUUAUGGCUCAGUGGUGGCCAAUGAUGAGCAGUGGGCCACAUCCAGCCUGCAGCUGGCUUCUGCAUGGCCUGCAAGAAAGAAGGGCUUUUAUGUGUUUAAAAGAUUACAUAACAGGCCGGGAGUGGUGGCUUAUGACUAUAAUCCCAACACUUUAAAAGGCCAAAGGGGUUGCAUCACUGAAGGUCAGGAGUUUGAGACCAGCCUGGAGUGGCAAAAUCCUGUCUCUACUAAAAACGCAAAAAAUUAGCCAGGUGCAGUAGUGCACACACCUGUAGUCCCAGCAACUCGGAGGGCGGAGGCAGGAGAAUCACUUGAACAUAGGAGGCAGAGGUUGCAAUGAGCUGAGAUCACACCACUGAGACAGACCAAGACUCCAUCUCAAAAAAAAAGAUGAUUACAAAGGAAAAGCAAGGAAAUGUGACAGAGUGGAAUGGCCUGCUUAAGAGGUGACUCUCGGGCUCUCUGCAGGGCGCUAUGCACACUCUGUUGUAGGUGAUUUCUUGGGCUUCGUGUCUGUCUCUGAGUAAAACUGAGCUUCCUGAAGGCAGGGGUCAGCCUUGCCCACUGCACUCCUCCGCAGCAGCUUCUAAAAUCCUGCCUGCACUGGAACUGUGCUCAGGAGGUCUCUGUGGAGUGAGGAAGAAACCUCAGCUUCCUCUCCUGUGAAAUGGGGAGUGAAGAAGCCUCUGUGUAGGGCAGUCAAAGUAGUCAGUGAGUCAGAGCAUGUCGAAGCAUUCAGCAUUGCACCUGAUACGUGGUAGGAACGCUGGAUGCGACACUCCCAACCCAGCGUUACCUGGCUGUGAGGCCAUACAGGUCCAGCAGGGGUUUGCAGAGCCUCUUCAGUGCCCAUGAGAACAUGGCCUCAGCCCAGGACAGCAUCUGGUAGGCCACAUGGAAAGGGAAAGGGCAGUAAGAGCUGUCUCAGUCAUCCUCAGCUGCCAGCCACGCCCAUCCUUGCUUUCACUCACCAGCUCCAGGGUGUCUUUCACGGCCCCCAGGGUCACCCUGAUGGGCCUGGGACCCCGGUUGCCUAGCAUCCCAGGCACCCAGGCCUGUAGCCACCACAUGGCCUCCUCUGCCUGCUCCGGCCACACCUCCUCCAGGGGCCACAGCAUCACUUCCAGAUAGGAGUCCUUCAGUGUGGCCUGGCAGCCAACACCCACCAUGAGGCCUCUGGGCAGCUCAGAGGCCCAGCCCAGGCCUCAAGGAGAUAGGGCCUCUUCCUGGAAUUAAGAUGGAGUGGGGGGAAAAGAAUAGAGCAGCAGGCACUGGAGAUUGCGGGUUGUCACAGCAGACCCGAGCUGCCUCUGCAUGGCCUGCUCAUACCUUGUCUGGGAACUUGGAUUUGGGGAGGGUUCCUACCAAUCCUAGAAGUGAUACGAGGUGCUCUGCACCUGAACUGUUUGUACAAACGUGGUUUAUGCCGGACCCCUGCUUGCCUCCUAGGAGUCUGACAGUGUGCUCUGAGCCAAGCAGCACCUGCCACUUAGGCAGCCCCACCAAACACCCUGGGUGACAUAGUGCUGGGACAGCCAAGUGCGUCCCGUGUGAAGGCGCAGGGACUGGGAGAAGACACUAGGUGCUGGCCCUGGUUCACCCUGGACUCCGCCCCGGCCCCCUUCCCUGUGCCAACACUCCUGCCUCCUCUCACUGUAGUCAAUGACAGCCGCGAACAGCACAGUGUGCAGAGUGCUGGAGCACUCUUUGAAAUUCACUGCCCUGUGGGUGGCCAUGGGACUCUGGCACAUCAGAGAGGCUAUGGAGAUGACAUUCAACAGCCAGUCAGAGGGAUGCCCACCCUGGCAUUGGGCAAGGUCUUAGCCCCGGAUGGUGGAGAGGUCAGAAGUUUCUAGUCCUGCCAGGAGGGCAGUUGGGGCAGCUGCUGUGAGCGUUUAACGACCACAUGGCCACAAAAAGCUCAUCGUGGAACCAGAAAGAGACCCUGUGGCAGUGAGCUUCACAGAAAAAAGGCUGUACACUCAAAAGAAAGCAGGCAGAAGACUGAAGAAACCGAGGCAGGAGGCAUAAGGGAUAUUAGCUGGGAGACCUUGUAAGAAUAAGACAGAAGCCCAUGAAAAAAAGAAGGUUGGGUCCGACACGGUGGCUCACACUUAUAAUCCCAGCACUUUGGGAGGCUGAGGCGGACAGAUCAUGAAGUCAAGAGAUCAAGAGCAUCCUGGCCAAGAUGGUAAAACCCUAUCUCUACUAAAAAUACAAAAAUGAGCCAGGCAUUGUGGUGCAUGCCUGUAGUCCCAGCUACUUGGGAGGCUGAGGCAGGAGAAUUGCUUGAAUACGGGAGGCAGAGGUUGCAGUGAGCUGAGAUCAUGCCACUGCGCUCCAGUCUGGUGACACAGUGAGACUCCAUCUCAAAAAAAUAAACCACCGCCAUUUGCAGGACUGGAUGUGAAAAGGAAAAAAAAAUGGACAAGGUUAAAUGCGUGCUGUAGAAGAAUUACCACCUGUUCAGCUGCUGAGCACACCGUGAUUCCUAAUUCAGCAAAAGAACCCCCACUCGGAAAAACUAAGAAUGAACUGCUGUUUCCAAAAUGCAUUUUUACGGUUGGAAAUCUGUGUUUCCCAAGCCCUCCUUCCAGUCCUUGGCACUGCGACAAGGGUUUCUUACCCCUGGGGACGUGGGGCAGAAGAUACAAAAGGGAGAGUCACCAAGGCUGAGUUUCAGCUGCCAGCAUCCUUACAGCCAUGGCCAGAGGGCCAUGAGGGGUUCCCUAGCUCCCACCAUCUAUGCUGGACUCACAGGGCAUGGCUCUGCUGCAGUGACCAGGCUUACCUCCAUGAAGUGAUUGCUCAGGGUGGGCCCCUGAGUCAUUCUUGAAGGUCUGGCUGACACGGAGAUGCCUCUUGUCGCUGCUCUUGUCCCAGUGCUUUCCACAGCUCGCCUCCAAUUCAAGUGAUUCUCCAGCCUCAGCCUCUGGAGAAGCUGGGAUUACAGACACCCACAUUUAGGCCUGGCUAAUUUUUAUAUUUUUAGUAGAGAUAGGGUUUCGGCAUGUUGGCCAGGCUGGUCUUGAACUCCUGACCUCGUGAUCUGCCCACCUGAGCCUCCCAAAGUGCUGGAAUUAUAAGCAUGAGCCACUGCAACUGGCCUUUUUUUUUUUUUAACUUAUUGUUUGUUUUAGAGAUAAGAUCUCACUCUGUUGCCCAGGCUAGAGUACAGUGGCACAUUCUUGACUCAUUGCAACCUCUGCCUCCUGGGCUGAAGUAACCCUGGAUGAAUAGACGUAAGACUGAGGGUGAAGUGCCAGCCCUGGAUCCAUUCCUACAUGGCUAUGCUAUUGGGGGCAAGUUCAUCUCUUUGGGGAUGAGCUCAGGGUACUCAGGUCACCACUUGCCAGUCUCUGGUGCUCUCUCUGGACAUCCCACCUGGCCUGGGCACCCACCUUGUGGCUGAAGGCUGGGAUCUGUGUGCAGUGGAGCUUGUGGUGCAGCUCCAGCCUUAGGCGCCGUCUGAGCCACACUCUGUCUGCAGCCUCUGGCCAGUGCUGCACUGGUGCACUGGCUGCUUUGCCUGAGCUGUGAGGAUUGAUCAAGGGACCCCUGCCCUCCUCUGCUAGGCAGCCCUCCACCAGGGCUCCAAGAGGAGGAGGGCCCAGCCCAGCCUGACCUCAACCGUGUCCUCCCAGCCCUGUGGUCUGCUUCACCUGUCACUCCAUUAAAACCUGUCCAUGGAGAGGUCUUAAGAGAUGGAUGAAUGUCCCCUCAACAGACACACCUUUUUUUUCCCCCCAUAAUGAGCAGGUACUAAGUCCUACUCAGAGCCCACAGAAUGACUAAUGGAAAAUCCUGUAGUGACAGCAUAUCUUAGCUCACAGAGCCACAGCCACAGGAAACAGGGCAGGCCCUGCCACCUCCACCUGCCCCACAGCCAGGAACGCAGUGUCUUACCCGGGAGGCUGUACUGGAUCCUCAGGGAGUUGGUCCACAGCCAGCCCCACUGCUGCAGCAGGCCAAGGGCACGAAGCCCUGCCAGCCCUGGCAUGAACAGCUUGGCAUCCAGGGUGGUCACCCACCGUCCAUCCUCCUCCUCCCAUUCCAGCAGUGCUGCAGGGACAGAGAGCAGGCAGGUGAAAGGGUCAGAGCCCAGGGACCAAAAUCCCCAGCCCCAGGCAAAAAGGGGACUCGGGAUACCCCAGGGGUCUUGGGUUGGGGGGCUCCUUGAAGAGUCAACACCUAUGCCCAGCACAACAGCCCACAUCAGGCCUGAUCAUGGCUCACUGCAGCCUUGACCUCCCAGACUCAAUCCAUCUUUUCACCUCAGCCUCCCAAGUAGCUGGUACUACAGACAUGUGCUGCCACCUUGGCUAAUUUGUUUGUGUGUGUGUGUGUGUGUGUGUGUGUGUGUGU